GUUAGCAAUUUACGGAAGCGAAGAUCUAUGCUUAAGAGUAUACUGUUAGGAAAGAACCAAUCAAGUAAAGGGGAGAAACAUGAUUUGCUAUUUUUUUGAAGAUAUUUGUUCGGCCCCUAUUGCAGACCAUUAAAAUUGUCUCUUACAAAUCACUGUGGUAUGGAGGACCCUUGGAGAUUGUGUAGCUGUCUCAUUUUGGUCUGUGUGUGGUUUGUGUGGAAUCAGUCUCAUGGAAAAGAUUGAGCCCGUGCCAUACAGAAUGCCAUUUCACAUAUUUCAAAUGGUGCAGAAAAGCAGAGAUUUGAUUUUCUAGGCCAAAUAAAUUCAGUUUGUGGUGAACUGGCCAAUUAGGCUGUCUAAACAUUAUAUUUUUAGGUUGUCAUUUCAAAAUUGAAAAAGUCCAUGAUUAAGUGAACUGCAUAUAUAGCAUAGUGUUUACGAAAGAGAACUUUUUUUCUCUUUCAGACAACUACCCAUCAGAAGAUUCUGAAUUGUGAUGCCAAAUUAGUGACCCUUGAAGGAAUCCCGACCCAAUGGUGGUCCCCAACACAGUUGUCAUAGAUGAAAUUCGAUUUGGCAUUCAGGAUGAAUCUGGAAAAACUCAGCAAACAGGAACUACUGACACUCUUCAGCAUUCUGGAAGGAGAACUGGAAGCCAGAGAUCUUGUCAUCGAAGCUUUAAAGGCCCAACACAGAGACACUUUCAUUGAAGAACGCUAUGGAAAAUACAACAUCAGUGACCCCUUAAUGGCUCUACAGAGAGACUUUGAAACGUUAAAAGAGGAGAAUCAUGGUGACAAGCAGCCUGUCAGCACCAACCCCCUGUCUGUUCUUAAAGUAGUGAUGAAGCAGUGCAAGAACAUGCAGGAGCGCAUGCUGUCCCAACUGGCAGCCGCUGAAAGCCGACACCGGAAGGUGAUCCUGGAUCUGGAGGAAGAACGGCAGAGGCAUGCGCAAGACACUGCCGAAGGGGAUGAUGUCACCUAUAUGUUGGAGAAGGAGCGGGAACGACUCACUCAACAGCUGGAAUUUGAGAAGUCUCAAGUGAAGAAGUUCGAAAAGGAGCAGAAGAAGCUUUCCAGCCAGCUGGAGGAAGAGAGGUCCCGCCACAAGCAGCUGUCCUCCAUGCUGGUGAUGGAGUGCAAGAAGGCCACCAACAAGGCAGCAGAGGAAGGACAGAAGGCAGGGGAACUGAGCCUAAAACUGGAGAAAGAGCGGAGCAGAGCGAGCAAGCUGGAGGAAGAGCUGGCAGCCGAGAGGAGGCGAGGGAUGCAGACCGAGGCCCAGGUAGAAAAGCAGCUCUCCGAGUUCGACAUUGAAAGGGAGCAGCUACGAGCCAAGCUGAACAGAGAAGAAAACCGCACCAAGGCUCUCAGAGAAGAGAUGGAGCUCUUGAAGAAAACUGUGAAGGAGCUUGAAGCAUCUUACGAGGCCAGUGGCCGUAAUGAGCCAACCAAGAAGUCGGGGGUGGUGUCUAAAGACACAGCGACCGAACCGCCCUUCCUGGUGUCUGUGUCGUGUCAGACAGAGCACCUGCCGGCAGAAAGGACCUCCGUGAGUGUCAGCGUCAAGGGGAUCAACACUGGGCUGCUGAGCCCCGCCUCACCCGCUCCCCCGUUGACAAAAACCAACGGUCACUGUGACCCAGAGAUGUCAGCCAGCAGAGAGCCGUUGCCAAGCAGCGGGGCGGAGCCCCAGGCCCCCUCAAGAGAGAAGUUGGCCGUGCCGGCCCAAGAGAACGCGAUGGAGAACGGUGGCGGUUCUCCGGCGGGACCCGAGUCUCCCAUCCCCAUGGCCGCUCAUCUUCCAUCCGUUGGGAUCUCGCUGUCUCCUAGCGGCACGGCCGCCUCCUCCUUGACUUCCUCCCCGUGUUCUUCGCCCGUGCUGAGCAAACGGCUCAUUGGGCCAUCAGCCAGCAGCCCCAGCUACCAGUCUUCCUACCAAGUGGGGAUCAACCAGCGAUUUCACGCGGCUCGACACAAAUUCCAGUCCCAAGCUGACCAAGACCAACAGGCCAGCGGCCUGCAGAGCCCCCCGUCCCGAGACCUGUCCCCCACCCUCAUCGACAACUCUGCCGCCAAGCAGCUGGCUCGCAACACGGUCACUCAGGUGCUUUCCAGGUUCACCAGCCAGCAGGGGCCCAUCAAGCCCGUCUCCCCCAACAGCUCGCCCUUUGGCACGGACUAUCGCAAUCUGGCCAGCUCCCCCAACCCAAGAGGCGACAGCAGCCACUCACCUACCCCAGGGAAAGUCUCCAGUCCACUGAGCCCUCUGUCCCCCGGCAUCAAAUCCCCCACCAUACCCAGAGCCGAAAGAGGAAACCCCCCUCCGAUCCCGCCCAAAAAACCGGGCCUGGCCCCAGCGCCAUCCUCCACGGUUCCACUGACCAAAACCCCGUCCCAGGCAGCCUCUCUGGGUACCCCGGAGGACCUAGCCAGUAGCUGCUCUAACAGUGCGGUAGUAACCAAUGGCAAAGAGAUUGAGAUCCUGUUGCCCACCAGCAGUUAGUCUUGGGGAAACAGACUUAGGUGGUGGGGUGGACCGGCCCUCAGUGACCAACGUUUGGUCAGAUCAUGUUAUUUAUUUUGAGAGUAGCGGAAACUCUACGUGGAAAUUCCCCUUAUUUUAUAUUUUCCAAGUAGAAAACGGUUGUGGGGUUUUGUCUUCAAAUCUUUGUACCGCGGAUGGAAGGGCACCACAAUGACAUCUCGUCUCGGCGGUGGUCGUCGCCUUGUGAUGGGGUCUCGGGUGGUGGCCCCGCCGUCUUUUCUGGACUGAAAUCGUCCGUGCAGAUUUUAACUCCAAAUGGACGUGUGUAAAAAGUGCCUGAAAUCAACUUACACUCUGAAUGUUGUUCUCUGCUCAGAAAAACAAAGAUCAUCCAGUGGCAGGAACGGGAUCUUUUGUGAAGUGUGAAUGUUGCAUUUAACCCUGCUCUUGACCCACUUAAAUUAUUCUCCUUACAAGCCUCCGGUUGUGAAAUAGCACUGCAUUCAUGGAAUGGGAUGACCCCUUUCAAAUGGCAGGCCACGUUCACCCCAAAGCUGAGCUGUAAACAGCCCGGACAAGCCCUCCUCAGCCUGAAAUAUUUGGGAUGCUAGUUGUCCUGUGACUUUUCUUGCUUUUAAAGUUCUGUAGUUGCUUGCAUCUAUUCUUAUGUGGAUCGAAAUCGUUAGAGAUGAGUCCUGAGGCAACCCAUUCCAUUUCAAAAAGCAAAAACAAUCCUUCAAGCAUUCUACUGUUAUGUGUAGAACUUCUGAGUCCAGAAUCUUGCUAUUACUUGAAAAGGAAAACAGUUCUACUCACUCUGUAUAAAAGUUUUGCAACAGAACGAUGGGAUCUUCUUUACUAUGUAAUCAAAGCAAUAACUUCAAACUACUCACUUUAUAAUACUGUAUGUCAGAAUUACAGUUUUACUGAAUUACAUUUGCUGUCUAGGCUGCCGGUCCUUGGCAGCUGUAACUGUGGAACCAAAUUUUUAAUUUUUUCCUAGAUAGAUAUACAUAUAUAGAUAUAGAUAUAUAUAUAUGUAUAGAUAGUCACAAGUGUACCUGCUAUCAUACACACACAUAACACAUGCUUAUAUAAAUCUUAGUGUGAUUAUAUUCCUGGAGUUCUUUGUAUUGCAUAAGGGAAAAGCAGAAAUGCAUUUUAAGAUGACCUCCCAAAGUAGCCAAUGCGCUUUCAAUUUAGUUGCUGGAUUUUGGAGAUCCUGGAGGCUAAUGCGGAAUGGCUCGUUCCGUCAACUAGAUAGAGUCAAGGCACGGAAGAUGAUGGGGAGUUUGCCAGUGGGGAAGAACGUACCCUCUCUUCCUAGGACUCCCAUUUUGGACCAUUCAGACCUGCAGAAUGCCUAGUCUCCCAAGCAUUUGGAACCUCAACUAGGUAGGAUAGCUAGCUGAUCAACUAGUUUGAAUAUCUCGACACUGGUUUGGAUAGCGAAUCAAUAGGGUCUGACUUUCCGGGAUAGCUCCACGGAUACCAGUUAUCCAAACUACUUUUUCGGUUAGCCUCAGGUCAUGUAGUUAGGUGGGUAUUCAGAUCAUUGGCUUUCUAGUUGAGUAUACCCUUUCCCCGGGUCAUUUUAAAUUUGGUGGGGAAGGGCUGGGGGGAGGGAUACCUGCCUUUAUGACCAUCUCAUCAAACUGUAGAUCGAGGAAGGGCCCUUGAGAGGUCAUUCAUUCUGUCUUCCUGGUCUUGGCAGGACUUCCCCACCUCAUUUAGCACAUUGGGGCGGAUGGUGCUGCGACUCUGGACUGUCUACAGGAGAGGUUUUGACCUCCCCCGAUCAGUUAUUCCAGUGUGUCACACCAUUGACAGGCAGGAAGCUUGACAUUAUGCUAACCUCAAUCCCUCCUCCUCUACCCGUAAUCCACUUCCUUUUACUCAGCCAGUGGAAAAAUCCCAGCACUGAUUAAAGUGGCCAUGGAACUCGGUUCUUUCCUAAUUGGAAAAUGAUUUAUGGGUUACUUUGAGGUUCAAUGGUGCCACCAAAAAAGCAAGUGACCUAGGCAGACACCGCCAUUAACGAAUGCUCCAGGAAAUCUGCUGAGGACUGAGAGGAGUGGGAAUGGCAGCUUUCUCUUCUGCUGCGUGUCCAUUUCAUCUCCAUGCUUAGCAGAACAAAGAGUUAAAUAUCAGUGACAAAUAAAUCUUCAUUUGUCAGUAGGAGAGGGGACCAGCUUUCCAAAACGCUGAUUUCUCCCCCCACCCUUUAAGUGGAAAUCUUAAAAGUUGCAUUAUGCUCUUCUUCUUUUCUUUAUGGAAUAGAUAUAUAGAGAGAUAUAUACUAUAAUGAAGUUUAUUUCUUAGGAAAUGCACUGAAUAAUGUCUUCUACAGUGUAAUAUGGGGAGGGGAAAUGCAAAAAAAAAAAUGUGUAUUUUUGCUAGUAGCGUAUCUUCUGAGAUAAAAUAAGCACAAAUAUUGCAAUGGAUACAGCUAAUCCAGUUAGAUUUUAUAGGUUUGUAUUAGGUUUUGCGGUAGGUUGUGUGUGUGCCGAUAAGUAAGAGUUCUUCUGUGAUUCACAUGUUAUAAUCAGAUUGUUGCAAAGCUUUGUCACUGGUUAAUGGAGCAUAAUGAAGUGCAGACACAUACACUAGCAUUAAUUAUUCAUUAACAUUGUAAAGCCAAAUGUACCAAGCAGAAGUCUUCAUUCAUUUUUUAUAGCAGACAAAAUUAAAACAUAUUAAAUCAUACUGCCCGUAUAGGAGUUUAUUGUAUUAAGAGGUGUGUAUUGCCCAACCAGGUGUAUUGUGUUGGUUUCUUUAAAAGCAGAGGAGUGCUUCUAAGCAUGUUUGUUUAGCGAUGCCCAGUACAGAGGGCACCAUGAAGCUUCCGAAUCUGGAAGAGGCUGCUUCGUCAGAAGGUGGUGAUCCAUCUGUGAGCAGAUCCCUCUGGCCCCAGGGAUAGUUUUGGAUACUGAGGCACCAUGGCCACUGGCAGUUUUCCAAUCUAGCCCCCAGGACACGAGUGUCACUUCUGCCGGGCUCUGGGAGAUACGUUUGCAUAUCAUUUUUAAAAAAGAUAGUGUAACUCACUUUCAGUGUUCAACUACUGCCCUACUUCUCAGGAUUAUAAACCGAUGAGCUGAGGGUGUCAACUCUUCCAUUGUGUGUGUGUGUGUGUGUGAGAGAGAGAGAGAGAGAGAGAAUAAGGUGGCUAACCUGUCAGUGCGCAUUCACAGUAACCCUAUAUUUGAGGGCUUUUUUGUUGCAGAGGUCACAGAAUUGUGUGCAUCCAAGCUACUUCCGAUACUCAGUCCUCUAGAGUUCAACUCAACUUCAAGUGCCUUUUGCAAUGCCAAUUUGUAAAUACGACACUUUUUACUAGUAUGAAUCAGCAGCAUCGUGAGCACUGUUUCACAAGAGCAAUUUUAAAAAAUUUAAUUGCUAGAAAACCAGUUAGCAAAAUUUGGGAGUCCUCCCACCUGCUUUCAUUUCACGCACUUGUCGGGACCAGGAAGUAUCAUUUGUAGAGCACUUGGGUUUUUGUUGUUAUUUGUUCAGUGAGUAGCGGGAGCCCCUCGAUGUUCCCACUACUUUCCCCAGAAGCUGCCAAACUCGUCAGUCUCCCCGUUAUACCAAACGUGCACCCGCCGAAUAACUUGCAGUUGCCUCUGAUCUGAACAAGCUUUAUUAGAAGCCCAGCCCCUGUUCUAGUUUGCCUGUUUGUAGACAAUGUAAUUAUAAAAACUAACCAAUGAAACAAACCUAUAUCGUGUCUGAUAAACUGAGCAAAAUAAAAACACCUGUUCUUGUA